CAGAAGUAGUUCAUUUUGAGAAAGAACGUCAUUAUGCACAGGAUUACGAAAAUGAAGAGGAUUAUCUGCUAUAUCAUUAUGAUGUUUCAAAUUUCCUGACUACUUCAAGGAAGACAAUUUGCUGUUUUUGAAAAGAAAUGUCAAACUGGAAUGUGGUUAAUGAUUUCUUCCUGUAUGUUGUUUUUUGUAACAAUUGGUAUGGUAGUAACAAUUAUCAUAAAGAGAUAUCGUGUACAUGUCGACUACAUCAUUCUACGCCUGCGUAACAGAUGGAAAGGUGUAAUGUAUUCAGAAGAGAGUAAGACCUUCCAGUUUGAUGCUUUCAUAUCCUACUCUGAAGAUGACUACCAGCUGGUUAGCACAACAAUGUAUGAAGAGCUGACAAAUUUAGGAUUUCAAAUUAGCUUUCCCGAGAAAGACUUCAUUCCUGGAGUAUGGAAAGCUGAACAGCUGGUGGAAUGUAUUGACGACAGUCGAAAAGUAGUGUUUGUCGUUACAGAAAAUUUCCUAGACAGUGGUUGGAAUUCGUACGCCGUCCAGAUGGCAGUGACCCAUGCCUUUCAUAACCGUCGAAAACGUUCCAUCAUAGUGAUUAUCAAGGACAACAUUCCAAUAGAAAGAAUGCCGAAAGACUUGCGAUAUAUCUGGUGGUGUAUAUUCAGUAUAAGAUGGCCAGAGUUUGAUCAAGUACGGGUGAUGAACAACUUUUGGGAAAAUGUGGCGGAUGCCUUGCGUAAACAGUGACUUUCGUCUUCCAAUGAGUUUCCCAUUGAAACUAUAUCUAAAUCAUUCCGUACAAUGUAUAACUAAUCAGAUCUAUGUCGAGCAUACUAACAAAAGGAGCAUUAACAUACAUGUAUAUCAGAAGAGUUGUGAUUUGUUGUUUAAAUCUUGAUUUUUUUUCUGCGAAUCACAUCAAAACCAGGAAAAUGAGCAGUGCCUGAGAUGAACAGAACCAAAUACUUCUGAGUAUAGUGUAUAAUUAUGGUCAUUGACCAACUCAACAGAACCAAAUCCUUCUGAAUAUAGUGUAUAGUUAUGAUCGUUAACCAUAUCAACAGAACCAAAUCCUUCUGAAUAUAGUGUAUAAUUAUGGUCGUUGACAAUAUCAACAGAACCAAAUCUUUCUGAAUAUAGUGUAUAAUUAUGUUCAUUGACCAUAUCAAAAGGUUCCAUAAUAUUUUGAUGACAUUGGUUGUGCUUACAUUUUUUAAGUUUGUGUUAAAUAUCACUGUGUGUUCCUAUUGCUGUGAAUUUGUAUUGUGAUUCAUCUUAUUGUUUACAUUGUAGUGGAAUUGUAUAGUGAUUAAUGUUUUUUUUAGUAUUUCAACUGUAUGCUUACUCCUCCUAGACACUUGAUCCCAUUCAGGGAUCUGUUUUUGCCCAACCAUCUAUUUUGUAUUCUUCUACUAGUUAUAAGAUUGAUUAUUGUUCAUUAUCUGCACGUUCAUUCAUUUCCGUAUAAGUUAUACUAUCUACGAGUAUACUUAUCUGCCAUAGUUUAUAGAUAUAAUCUGCAUUUGCAUAG